AUGGCCCAGACUAUUACCCCGACGCCCCCUUCGCCGCUCAUCCUCUCCGAGCCAGACACGUCGCCUGGCCCCUUUGAGGGACCAGAGAAGUUAUUAGAGGUCUGGUUCGCGCCCACCCCCGACGCUCUUGUCGGCACCGGCUCCGCGAACCAUGGGUCGCCUCUCUCCACCACCGCCAAUGGUAACGGCAACAUUGUAAAGAACGGCCACCUCAGCGCCAAUGACAAUAGCGCUCGCCGCCGUGCGGGCGUCUCCUCGAACGGCCAGCCCUUCCAGGGCCUCCGCACCGUGCCCCGUGCAGUGUGGGAGGAGAUGCUUGACAUUGUCAAGUGCAAGGUUCUCAGCGUCAUUGAAGGCGACGAGCUCGACAGCUACCUUCUCUCCGAGUCGUCUCUCUUUGUCGCUCCCCAUGUCGUCAUCCUCAAGACAUGUGGCACUACCCUCAACCUCCUCGGCCUGAACCGCAUCCUCGAGAUUGCCCGCGAGUACUGCGGUUUCACCAACGUCUACAGGUGCUUCUACUCUCGCAAGUCGUUCUUUUUCCCCGAGCGUCAGCAGGGGCCGCACCGUGACUGGACUGAGGAAGUCAAGUUCCUUGACAAUGUGUUUGGCAACUCGGGUUCAGCCUACACUGUUGGCCCGAUUAACCGCGACAACUGGCUGCUCUACAUUACGGGCGCGAACCCAGUCGCGCUCGCUCCCGCUGGGCCCGAGAGACUACUAGCCCUACCUCCACCUUGCUCUGGAGCCCCCGACCAGACGCUCGAGAUUCUCAUGUCGCACCUCACGCCUGCAGGCGCCGCUCCCUUCUUCCUGCCCGAGCUCCCGAUUGGCGCUACGCCCGAGUCGCGUUCGGGCCAUGAGCUGGGCGCGGACAUUUCUGCCCAGCUCGGUAUUGACACCCUGUUUCCCAAGAGCGAGACGAUCCUCGACAGCUUCGGCUUUGAGCCGUGCGGCUAUUCUGCCAACGCGGUCGUAGGCUCGGGCCUCAACUGCACUCACGGCGACGGCGGCUACUUUACCAUCCACGUCACGCCCGAGGAUGGCUGGUCGUACGCGUCGUUCGAGUGCAACGUGCCCCUUCCGCUGCGCCCCAACGACCCGAGCGGUCGCCCCGACAUGUCGUCUCUCAUUCGCCGCGUAGUCGACAUCUUCCAGCCGAACCGCCUGACCAUCACGCUGUUCGUCUCGACGGGCGAGGACUCGCCGGCCGCCGCUGCGCCGGCCACCAACGCCAUCGGCGCCGACCUCUUCGAUGGCGCGUUCACCCGCAAGGACCGCAUCAUCUACGAGUUUGAGGGCUACGACCUCCUCUUUGCGUGCUUUGAGCGCCGCGACUGGGUGCAGCCGCGUUCGCCCGUCGCCAACAACAAAAUCUCCCUCCUCCCAUGA